AGAGAGAGAGAGAGAGAGAGAGCGAACAUGUGAGUACCAGAGCAAACGGCAAAAGAGGAAAAGCAUGCGACUCGGCUAAGUUGGUUCAGCUCAAUUGCAGUCCGCGAUCACAGUCGCCGCAUCAAUGCAGGGAGGAUCAUCGGGCAUUGGCUACGGUCUCAAGUACCAGGCCAGAUGCAUCUCCGAUGUGAAAGCGGACACUGACCACACCAGCUUCCUCACCGGAACUCUCAGCCUCAAGGAAGAAAAUGAGGUCCAUUUGCUGAGGCUUUCAUCGGGCGGUACGGAGCUGAUUUGCGAGGGCUUGUUCUCGCAUCCGAACGAGAUCUGGGACCUCUCUUCCUGUCCCUUCGAUCAGCGCAUCUUCUCUACUGUUUUCUCUACUGGUGAAUCUUACGGAGCCGCUAUAUGGCAGAUUCCAGAGUUGUAUGGACAGUUGAAUUCUCCUCAGUUGGAAAAAAUUGCCUCACUUGAUGCACAUUCACGAAAGAUCAGUUGCGUACUCUGGUGGCCAUCUGGACGGCAUGACAAGUUAGUUAGCAUUGAUGAGGAAAACAUCUUCUUAUGGAACUUAGAUUGUUCAAGAAAGUCAGCUCAGGUCCAGUCACAGGAGUCAGCUGGUAUGCUGCACUACCUCUCUGGUGGAGCAUGGGAUCCUCAUGAUGUAAAUACUGUAGCUGCAGCCUGUGAAUCAUCAAUCCAGUUUUGGGAUCUUCGGACUAUGAAGAAAGCAAAUUCACUAGAAUCUGUCCAUGCUCGUGACCUGGAUUAUGACACACGAAAGAAGCACUUACUUGUUACCUCCGAGGAUGAAUCUGGUGUACGUGUAUGGGAUCUCAGAAUGCCUAAAGCUCCUAUUCAAGAGCUUCCUGGUCACACACACUGGACUUGGGCAGUUAGUUGUAAUCCUGAGUACGGAGGACUGAUUCUGAGUGCAGGUACAGACUCAGCUGUCAAUUUGUGGUGGUCAUCUGCUGUGAGUAGUGAUGAGCUGAUAUCUGAAAGGCUAAUUGACUCGCCUACCAGAAAGCUCGAUCCAUUGCUCCAUUCAUACAAUGACUAUGAAGACAGUGUUUAUGGCCUAGCAUGGAGUUCACGAGAACCAUGGAUUUUUGCAUCAUUGUCAUAUGAUGGGAGGGUGGUUAUAGAAUCAGUGAAGCCCUACCUGUCCAGAAAAUGACUUCCGUGGCACCAAAAUAAUGUUCAUUGCCCCUUUGCUGUCCUGGCAUUUUACAUCUGGAGAUGCUGCGAUGUAUUUCUUCUCGCUUUUCUGGUUGGUUAGGGAAUUAUUCUGCUUCUCAUUUGAUGAAUUCUCGUUGUAGAUUAUUUUCUCCAAUCAUUGAUUUUGAACAUGUUAUGAUUGAGAGAGCAUUCAUCUUCUACCAAGCCAUGGAAACGCUGGCUGAUCUUUGGAUCAUUAGCGAGUGAAGUUCCCAACUGAUUGAGGCAAGAUGUGAUAGGCCGUACAUUCUUUCUGUAAUGUAUUCAAUGAGCAUAAACCUGACUGAAAAAAAAAAAAAAAAUCAUCGAAUCGCUAUAGAACUUUUGCCUGGUCAUUUCUGCUUCCUGCCCAAUUUUUUUACAUUCC